AUGUUCUUCGAGGGUAUACCGGUGUCGUUAGAGGUACGUGUUUAAUUUCAAAAGCGCGGCGCAGCACAGGGUUUUUGUAUCCACGUUACACUUGUCUUGCCUCUCAGCAAUUGCAUCCACAUCUCUCUGAAUUUCACAACGGUAUUAAAAGAUAUUACGCCGAUUUACAUAGUGAAGAGAAUGUUUCAAAGUUGAACAGCCCUGGCAAGCUUCUGGCACAACAAGAUGCAUAUGAGAUGGAGAGUGACUCAAGUCAAAGUAAGUAGAGCUAAAAUUGAAUAAAUCAGACAACUAAGUUAGUUAGCUAGUAGUGUGAGUAACGUUACAUAGAUAUAAGGCACCUAAUGCAAUUACAAAGGCAUACUAUCUGAUCUAGCUAAGCGCCGUACCUGCCUCUUCAUGUUAAAGUUCAUUAUGUAUUUUUUCUUUUCGGAAGGGCAGGGCUGUGCAUGGCACUUUUCUGUAGACCAAUUCUAAAGCUUCAUAUAGGGGUUAGCUGGCUGAGUUUACUCACCUCCACAAUAUAUACACCCGUAUGGAAGAUAUCCAUAUUACAGGGAUUUAAACUACAGCUAAGUAUAGGGUAUGCCUAACCUGGGUGCCAGUCUGUUGGUGCCGUCAUGCCAACUCCUUGUCACUCGAACAUGCUUGGUAUGACAUUGAGUGACAGGGAGCUGGAAUGAUGUCACAACCAGACUGGCACCCAGGCUAGUGUAUGACGUAUGAACACACUGAAUGACUGUUUAAUGUGAUGAUCCUCCCUCUCUCCUUGCUGCAGGAAACCCUCAGGAGGACUUUAACAUCGACGUGUUGGUGUCCCUUCUCCGCCAGGAGAAUGCAGCAGACAUCUGUGUCAUCAAGGUGCCUGAGGACAUCAAGUACACAGACUACUUCAUCGUUGUCAGCGGGUCCUCCCCAAGGCACCUCCGUGCCAUGGCGCUCUAUGCCAUUAAAGUGGUAAUUCAUUUAUUGGAUCAAUUGUAAGGUUGCAAAAUUCCGGUAACUUUCCCUAAAUUCCCAGGUUUUCCGGAUAUCCUGGUAGGAAGAUUAGCAGAAUCAGAAGGGAAUAAGUAGGAAACCUGGAAUUUUGCAACUCCAUUUGGACCAUUUGGGUAAUGGUGCUGCUGGUCAAAGCUGUGCAGCAAAUGUAAUGUACAUUGACACCACUGUGUUGUUGUAAUACUACAUGUUUCAUAUUUUGGCAGUACAAAUAUAUGAAGAAAGAUGGGGACCCACAUGCGAAGAUUGAGGGAAAGGAUGCAGACGACUGGAUGUGCAUUGACUUCGGUAUGUUUUAUGAUCUGCUCCUGGCUGUGGAUUAUAGUACAGUAGAAUGAUCUGCUCCUGGCUGUGGAUUAUAGUACAGUAGUAUGAUCUGCUCCUGGCUGUGUAUUAUAGUGCAGUAGGAUGAUCUGCUCCUGGCUGUGUAUUAUAGUGCAGUAGAAUGAUCUGCUCCUGGCUGUGGAUUAUAGUACAGUAGAAUGAUCUGCUCCUGGCUGUGUAUUAUAGUACAGUAGAAUGAUCUGCUCCUGGCUGUGGAUUAUAGUACAGUAGUAUGAUCUGCUCCUGGCUGUGUAUUAUAGUGCAGUAGAAUGAUCUGCUCCUGGCUGUGUAUUAUAGUGCAGUAGGAUGAUCUGCUCCUGGCUGUUGGAUUAUGCGGAAUUGCUCCUGGCUGUGUAUUAUAGUGCAGUAGAAUGAUCUGCUCCUGGCUGUGGAUUAUAGUACAGUAGAAUGAUCUGCUCCUGGCUGUGGAUUAUAGUACAGUAGUAUGAUCUGCUCCUGGCUGUGGUAUUAUAGUGCAGUAGGAUGAUCUGCUCCUGGCUGUGGAUUAUAGUGCAGUAGGAUGAUCUGCUCCUGGCUGUGGAUUAUAGUGCAGUAGGAUGAUCUGCUCCUGGCUGUGGAUUAUAGUGCAGUAGGAUGAUCUGCUCCUGGCUGUGGAUUAUAGUGCUGUAGGAUGAUCUGCUCCUGGCUGUGGAUUAUAGUGCAGUAGGAUGAUCUGCUCCUGGCUGUGGAUUAUAGUGCUGUAGGAUGAUCUGCUCCUGGCUGUGUAUUAUAGUGCAGUAGGAUGAUCUGCUCCUGGCUGUGGAUUAUAGUGCUGUAGGAUGAUCUGCUCCUGGCUGUGUAUUAUAGUGCAGUAGGAUGAUCUGCUCCUGGCUGUGUAUUAUAGUGCUGUAGGAUGAUCUGCUCCUGGCUGUGUAUUAUAGUGCAGUAGGAUGAUCUGCUCCUGGCGCUGGAUUAUAGUGCUGUAGGAUGAUCUGCUCCUGGCUGUGUAUUAUAGUGCAGUAGGAUGAUCUGCUCCUGGCUGUGUAUUAUAGUGCUGUAGGAUGAUCUGCUCCUGGCUGUGUAUUAUAGUGCAGUAGGAUGAUCUGCUCCUGGCGCUGGAUUAUAGUGCAUGUAGAUUAGAAUAAUUUACUGAAAUAUCACACUGAUGGUCUCUACAAAUAUUACACUGAUAUAUUUUCUCUGGAUAUGUGUUUAAUAAGGUAAGGUUAUUACAUUUAUGUGAAAAUGUCAAUUUGUUACUUGCUACUCCUCUCUCUCUCUCUCUCUCUCUCUCUCUGUGUCUCUCUCUCUCGCUCUGUCUCUCCUUCCCUCUGAGUAGGAAGCAUGGUGGUCCACUUCAUGCUACCAGAGACCAGAGAGGUGUAUGAACUGGAGAAGCUGUGGACACUACGUUCUCUUGAUGAACAGCUGAGCUCCAUCCCUGUUGAGACGCUCCCAGAGGACUACAUAUUUGGAGCCAAUGUCAAUGUCACCAUGUGACUCAACAAUUAAACAACUGUUGAGACUGGAGUGUUAUUUAUUCAGAAGAAGCGACACUGAGGGUGCUUCCUAAAUGGCACCAUUUUCCUUUUAUAGUGCACUACUUUUGAACAGAGUCCUAUGGGCCCUGGUCAAAAGUAGUGCACUAUGUAGGGAAUAGCAAUGUACCAUUUGGG